GGGCGUCCAACCCUCGGGAAGUCCAACCAUCCGAGCCAGUCACCUACCCCAAUCGGUGUGCGGGUUGUGAUUAGUUACCUCUCUAGGAGGUUCGGGAGGACACACCACGCCUCCCGCUUCUGGUGCGGCAAACCGGCUUCCUUCAACCCGCUGGGAAGAUUGCUGGCUAUUCACCCAGUCGGGGUAUCUGAGGGCAGGAACCACCCCAAGCGUGCAGGAUAAGGCAGUACAUACGGAUGGACUGCCUGCCUGUCCUCCCCACCCACCUGAGCUGCACCCACCCUCAACACUACGGGAGGGGGGGCGGCGCAGUCACGCACGCACCCCACUCGCGCUCACCCGCGCGCUGGGCUUUUGCUCUCCGCCCCGCACACCUGCGCUCCGCCCCUUGGUGCCUGGCCCGCCAAGGGCGAAGGCAUUUGGGAACCCAGGGCGGCUGAGGCGGCCCCCCUUUCCCUCCCAUCUCUUCCACUUCCCCGGGCAGGAGUUGUCCGGAAUCUGUCGCGGUUCCCUACCGGCCAGCAUCCAUCCCUCUCCAUCCUUCCCUCCCCCCCAGCCUGCCACGGCACGGGUCCGCAGCCGCAGCCCGGAGCCGGUGAGGUGGCGAAGGGGGGAGGGGGAGGGAGCAAGGGAUGAGCGCCGGGAAGGCGCCGGGGGCCCCGAGCCUGAGGACGCCCCUGAAGACAGAACCCAAGCCGGAGCACGGAGCCACAAUCCAACCACCGCUGCAGCCCUCUAGCUCUAGACGGCGCCCUGGCCCGCGCUCGCCCCCCAGGGCCUCAUGUCGGAACCACAGCCUGACCUGGAGCCGCCCCAACAUGGGCUGUACAUGCUCUUCCUGCUUGUACUGGUCUUCUUCCUCAUGGGCCUCGUGGGCUUUAUGAUCUGCCACGUGCUCAAGAAGAAAGGUUACCGCUGCCGCACGUCCAGGGGCUCUGAGCCUGACGACGCCCAGCUCCAACCCGCUGAGGAUGAUGACAUGAACGAGGACACAGUAGAGAGGAUUGUUCGGUGCAUCAUCCAAAAUGAAGCCAAUGCUGAGGCAUUGAAGGAGAUGCUGGGGGACAGUGAAGGAGAAGGGACAGUGCAGCUGUCCAGUGUGGAUGCCACCUCCAGCCUGCAAGAUGGAGCCCCCUCCCACCAUCACACAGUGCACCUAGGCUCUGCAGCCCCCUGCAUCCACUGCAGCCGCAACAAGAGGCCUCCUCUUGUCCGUCAGGGACGCUCUAAGGAAGGAAAGAGCCGCCCGAGGCCUGGGGAGACCACUGUGUUUUCUGUGGGCAGGUUCCGUGUAACACACAUUGAGAAGCGCUAUGGGCUGCAUGAGCAUCGUGAUGGCUCCCCUACAGAUAGGAGCUGGGGGUCUGGUGGGGGACAGGACCCAGGGGGUGGCCAGGGGUCUGGGGGAGGACAACCCAGGGCAGGGACACCUGUUUCCGAAAGCCAGCCCCCUGAAAGGCCACAGCUUCAGACCAGCUCUCCAGUACAGAAUGGAGGCCUCAGGGAAAGCAGCCUAGUCCCUUGUGCAUUUGAGGGGAACACUGGAGCCUCUGCAGAGCCAAUACUAGGGAUCAGAGGAAGGGAUACAAGCCCGGGGCCAGCCAGCCAAGAGGCAAGUGGACAAUCAAGCAAAUCAGACACUUCAGAUCACCAGGUGUCCCCACCACGAGAAGCAGGGCGUAUGUGAGGGAAGCACCCUUACCGGCCUGAGUCGAGGUGCCAUCAUGUCCAGGGGUCCAGGACAGCCCACUUCUUGUUCUAGGAAGAAAAGUCACGAGCCAGUCUUCAGACUUUGGUCUGUUCACUGCUGUAUCUCCAGCACUUAGGACAGUGACUAUUUGUUGGGAUAAUGAACAGUCACCAUAAAAUCCAGUCUAGCUAUCUUCAACAGUUACUGGGCAUCUGCUAUAUAAUCAGCCCUGCUCAAGGAACCAGAUGGAAGGUGGAAGCCACAUACUCACCCUCCACACCCCGCUACCCUAUAUCCUCCACAUUGCCAGAACCCAGUAAUGAAGCCCAACAAGUGCAAUGAAUGCAUGCUAGAUAUCCAAAGUGAAGUACGGGUGCUGGGGAAAGGGAAGAUGCUCGUGGGGAUCUCCUGGGUUAGGAAAGGAAGCUGUGAAGAAAGUGGAAGGGCAGGAAGGGGUCAGAAAGGACAGACAUUCCAAAAGGAAAAUGAUGAUAUGAAGUAAGGUUUCUGCAAGAUUCAAGAACACCUUGAGCAGAAGAUGUGUGUUGGGGAAAUGUUAACUUUUAAAGAAUAAUAAUAUGGCAAACUGGGAGGAAUCACAGAGGAUAAAAUAUUGGACUCUCAAGCAUGAAGCCUUAAGUUCCAUCCUUAGUAUCACAUGUGCCAGAGUGAUGCUCUGAUUCUCCCUCCCCUAUCCCCAUUAAAUACAAUUUAAAGAAAAAAUAAUAGUAAUAAAAAAACAAU